AUGAUCAGAAUUUUGUGUAAUUACUUCCUUCAAAUUCAUCGGCUUCGUUGUUCACCAUCUCUCACAUUAUUCAUACCCAGAAAGUUCUUUUUAUCUGUUCAAUCACCUGGAGUUUUGAGAUGCCGAAAUAAGUGUACCACCAUAAAUUUAUCUUCCAUUGACUGCUCUGGCCUUGCACAAUCUGUCAUAUCAAGGUGUUCACUUUUUCUUGAGAAUGAAGGGAAUGGCUCAGCAUUGCCUAAUCCUUCUCUCAUCGACUUUUUAUUGGAGAUCUCUGAUGUUGUACCGGAGUAUGCACGCAGAAUUAGGCGAAUUCCGGAAUUAAAGCCUGAAGAUGUGCUUAAAUUGUUUAUUGAGUUUCAAUCAGAGGUUGGGAAGAAUGGGAUUCAAGUUAAGAAAGUUGAGUGUUUGUGGAGAAUUUUUAAAUUUGCUAAUGAGAGUAGUGGGAACUUCAAGCAUUUACCAAGGUCGUGCGAGAUCAUGGCCUCUCUUCUCGUCAGAGUUGGGAAGUUUAAGGAAGUUGAGCACUUUCUUUCUGAGAUGGAGAGUCAAGGAAUUCUGCUGGAUAAUCCUGAAGUUUUCAGUUGUUUAAUUCAGGGUUUAGUUUGUGAAGGUAAUCUAGAAAGGGCUGUUUUGAUAUACGAAAAAGUGAGGCGGCGAUGUAAUUCUCCCUCAUUGUCAUGCUAUCAUGCUCUCCUCGAUUCUUUGGUUCAGAAGAAGAAAACACAAGUAGCACUUGCAGUAUGUACCGAUAUGGUGGAGAUGGGAUUUGGUUUGGGGGAUGAAGAGAAGGCUUCUUUUGACAAUGUCAUUAGACUACUUUGUUGGCAGGGAAAUGUUCUUGAAGCUAGGAACCUUGUGAAGAAGUUUGUGGCUUUGGACUUUAGGCCUAGCGAUGAGGUUCUUUAUCAAAUUACAAGGGGUUACUGUGAUAAGAAGGAUUUUGAAGAUUUGCUGAGUUUCUUCUUUGAAAUUAAAACUCCCCCAAAUGUUUCUUCUGGCAACAAAAUCAUUUAUUCUCUUUGUAAAGAUUUUGGCUCUGAAAGUGCAUAUUUGUUUUUACGAGAGCUUGAGCAUACGGGCUUCAAGCCUGAUGAAAUAACCUUUGGGAUUUUGAUUUGUUGGAGCUGUCAUGAGGGAAAUCUUCGACAAGCUUUUAUUUACAUGUCGGAGUUAUUGUCCAGUGGCCUAAAGCCAGAUUUACAUUCAUAUAAUGCUCUCAUUAGUGGGAUGUUCAAGAAGGGCCUCUGGGAGAAUGCCCAAGGCAUUCUUGCUGAAAUGGUAGAUCAGGGGAUUGAACCUAAUUUAUCAACCUUCAGAAUUCUUUUAGCAGGCUAUUGCAAAGCUAGACAAUUUGAAGAAGCAAAAAAGAUAGUUAUUGAAAUGGAAAUAUGUGGUUUUAUUAAACUUUCUUCUGUAGAUGAUCAAUUGUGCAAAAUAUUCUCUUUCUUGGGGUUUAGUGAAUCAUCAGUGAGGUUGAAAAGAGACAACAAUACUGGUGUUUCUAAGACAGAGUUCUUCGAUACCCUUGGAAAUGGGCUUUAUUUGGACACCGACCUAGACGAAUAUGAGAAAAGGCUUACCAAAGUUCUUGAAGAGUCGAUAUUACCUGAUUUUAAUUUGUUUAUAAUCGAGGAUUGUAAAAACAGAGACUGUAAAGCUGUAUUAGGAUUGGUAGCUGAAAUGGAUCGAUGGGGACAAGAAUUAACUUCAGUAGGCUUGAUGAGUUUAUUGAAAAGAAAUUGUAAAUUGAAUUCCAAAAUUAAGCCUAUCAUUGAUGUUUGGGAGAGAAGGCCAUAUAUGAUUGCUCAAUUAGGUGCAGACACUUUGAGUUUGCUUGUGCAAGCAUAUGGCAAAAGCAGGUCAACUUCUAGUGGAAUUGGAAUACUAAAUGAAAUGAUCCAAAUGCGUACUGAAAUAAAGAAUGAAACGUACAAGGCUCUUAUAAAUAGUUUAUGCAAAAAAGGAAACUUAAAUGAUCUUCUUCACUGUUGGGAUAGAGCUCGUAAAGAUGGUUGGGUUCCGGAGUUGCAUGACUGUAAAUCACUCAUCAGUUGUCUCUGCAAGAAAGGAAAACUCAAAGAAGUUUUCUCUCUCCUCGAAACCAUGCUGGUGUCUCAUACACACUCAAGGUUGGAUAUACUUAAUAUAUUCCUUGAAAGGCUUUCGGAAGUAGGGUUUGCUACAAUUGGACAAGUAUUGGCAGAGGAGCUUAUGUCUCUUGGAUUUUCCGUUGAUCAAAAAGCAUACGAACUUCUUAUCAUUGGAUUAUGUAAAGUGAACAAUAUAUCAAUAGCAUUUAGUAUAUUGGAUGAUAUAAUGGGUAGGAGUAUGGUUCCUUCCAUUGAUGUUUGUCUUCGAUUAAUUCCUAUAUUAUGCAAAGUUGGUAGAUAUGAAACUGCAGUUGCAUUAAAAGAGAUGGGAGCUUCCAAGCUGUCGUCUUCUUCACAUAGAGUGUUUGGUGCACUAAUGAAAGGUUUCUUUAUGAUGGGAAAGGUUAGAGAAACCUUGCCUCUAAUCCAGGAUAUGUUGUCUAAAGGUAUUUCUCUAGAUGCUGAGAUUUAUAAUAAUCUGGUUCAAGGGCAUUGCAAAGUGAAAAACUUUGAUAAAGUCCGAGAGCUCCUGGGCAUUAUUGUAAGGAAGGACUUCAGCCUUUCAAUGCCGAGUUACAAGAAAUUAGUAUGUUUUAUGUGUAUGGAAGGAAGAAGUCUUCAGGCAUUGCAUAUAAAAGAUCUCAUGCUUAGAAACAGCAAAUCCCAUGACUGUGUUAUCUAUAACAUUCUUAUCUUUUAUAUUCUCCGAAGCGGGAAUGGUUCACUUGUGCCAAAAAUUUUGGAUGAACUAUUGCAUGGAAGGAAAUUGAUACCUGAUGGUGUAACCUAUGAUUUUCUAGUAUAUGGGUUUUCUAAGUGCAAAGAUUUUUCCAGUUCCAAAUUAUAUCUCUUUACCAUGAUCCAACUGGGGUUUCGUCCCAGCAAUCGGAGCUUGAAUGCUGUAAUCAGCCACCUUUGUGAUAUUGGACAGCUUGAAAAAGCGUUGGAGCUGAGCCAGGAGAUGGAAUCUAAGGGAUGGGUUCAUAGUUCAGCUGUACAGGAUGCAAUAGCAGAGUGUCUCAUUUCAAAUGGUAAGCUUCAAGAAGCAGAAUGCUUUUUGAAUAGAAUGGUUGAGAUGAGUCUCAUACCUGAACAUGUAGAUUACAAUAACAUAAUCCGGAAAUUUUGUCAGAAUGGUAGAUGGUUGAAGGCAAUCGAUCUUAUAAACAUAAUGCUUAAGAAAGGAAACAUCCCAAAUGCUACAAGUUAUGAUUUUGUCAUUCAAAGUUGUUGUGCUUACAAGAAGUUGGAAGAAGCCGUAGAUUUUCAUACUGAGAUGCUGGACCGGCGCCUAAAGCCGAGCAUCAGGACAUGGGAUAAGCUUGUUUAUUUAUUAUGCAGAGAAGGGCAGACAAAAGAAGCAGAAAGGGUUUUGAUGAGCAUGACAGCGAUGGGUGAAAAACCAAGCAAGGAUGCAUAUUGCUCCAUGCUGGACAGAUACCGCUAUGAGAAUAAUCUUGAAAAGGCCUCAGAGACAAUGAAAGCAAUGCAAGAAAGUGGUUAUGAGUUGGAUUUUGAGACACAAUGGUCUCUCAUAAGCAAACUAAACGACACCAAUCUCAAGGAUAGUAACAACAGUAACAGUAACAAAGGCUUUCUCGCAGGACUUCUUUCGAAGAGUGGAUUUUCCAGGGCGUUGAUUCCUUAG